AUGGAGAGCCAAAAGAAGCAUUUGCGGCAUGUUAUGCUUCAUUGCUUUAAAAAAGGCAAUAGUGCAAAGGACACUGCAGACGAGAUUUCCACCGUUUACAGGAGUGGCACUACAACUAUUAGGACCGUCCGCAAUUAGUUUAAGAAAUUUAGAGCUGGCAAUUUUGAGUUGAAAGAUGAAGACCGCAGCGGCCGCCCAGCAACAACGGAUACGGACAUUAUCAAGACUGUGCUCGCUGAAAAUCCGCGAUAUAGUGCGCGUGAGAUAGUGAAUGCCUAUACCAUUCCCAAGACAACGGUACAUGAGCAUUUAACCAAGAUGGGAUAUGCGAAUUGAUUUGAAGUUUGAGUUCCACACCUAUUGACGGACACCGGCCUUAUGAACCGCGUAUCUACGUGCGAUUUGCUUCUUCAGCGACACGAAAGAAAUCCUUUCUUAAAGAGUCUUGUCACUGACGAAGAAACAUUAGGUAGACUGGAAAGUAAUGUCGUUUUUGCAAUUUUAAAUCCUUGUUUAUCACACAACAGAUCGUUGAUUUUUAUCGGUUCGUACGAAGAGACGAAAAACGAAAGAGCAGAACAGCUAAACGUAAAAUCUACUCCAGAACCCGAACAAACUGGUGAAUUUGCGUCUACCGUAGUAAUUGAUAAAGACGUACAAUACACCUAG